AUGGCCGAAGCUGCAUCGCCUCCGCACUCGUUCGCUCCCUCGCCUUCUUUCCAGGCUACCCGCUCAUCGCGGUCUCCGUCGCGGCCCUCCCUCUCCAUUGACCUCUCCAACCUCCCCCCGCUUUCUCAGCCAACACCACCCUCCAACACGCUCUUGAUCACCGACUUGAACGAUCUCGUCCUCUUCCAGCCGGCAUCGCUCGAUUCCAUCCGCAAUCAGAUUCUGGUCCUGGCCGCUCUGAACUCCUUCUCACCGCUCCCCUCCUUCCGCCGCAUUGUCUGCUCCUUCUACUCUGAAGAAGACGCGAUCACUGUUCGCCAGUCUCUCGAGGGAAACCAGCUCCUGGGACGCAAAGUCCGCCCUAAGAUCUACUUCGGCGAGCCAACUCCCAUCCUGAGUGAGGAAGGACCUAAGCUGCUGCAGGCCCCACAGCCAGACAAGCUCUUCUUCAUCUCACCGCCACCUAGCCCACCGGCCGGCUGGGUGAUGCGCAACGAGGACCCGCCCAACAAGGAGGUCCAUGCCAGUGAUCUCGCCAACGCCCUGGCCAUGCUGAAGACCGACUCCUCCAACGAAUCGUUCGGCGUCGACCCUGCAACCCCGGUCUCGAUAACUUCCGACAAGCGCACCAGCAGCUGGCCCUUGGCCGGUUCGCAGCAGCGCAGCCGCAGCAGCACAAUUAUCUUCCACCCGGAAGAUCAUGGCAACAGCCCGAACCUGCCUGCCGUCAUGGUUGAGGAUGUGAGUCUGGAUGUGGAUGAGGAUAUUGAUAUGGAUGCCGAGAUGAGCCCCAUUGAGACGUCUGUCAAGAAGAUGCCACCCAAGACUUCUCGUCCGCCCAUGGAGCUUAUGAUGGAUUGA